AUGCUGAUGGUGACUGACUUCUGGACAGGCCCCAAGGGCCUGUGCGGCUUCGGCAAGACUAUGGCGCGGGCUUGUUGCGUAUUUUGGGCGGCUACAACGCGGGGGGCAAAGGAGAAAUACACGCGAGAGACCAACCGCCAGCCCGCGCCCGCGCUGAAACCUCCGGCCGCUCCGCCCCGCCCUGCGGCGCUGCCGGCGAAAUUCGUGCCAUGGACGGGUAGACUAGCCUCCCCCACUCAUCCGUACGCUCGCGACCCCGCCGCCAACGCCGCCGCUGCCUCGAGCGCAAACCCUAGCGCAGAUUUCUCCGCCGACGGCGCCGCACCCACUCCGACCGCCACGCUCGCCCGCGGACUCUUCAUGCCGCCACGGGUGACCUCGCAAGGGGUCGUCGCACCGCCGGCCGUUGCGAACACACGAAGCAUCGCCUCCAAGCGGCCACAGUCUGCUGCGGCGAAUGGAAGCCAAAAGAAGAGCAAGGCGAAUGCCGGUCGUGGUGUGAAGCCUCCGGCCGCCUUCCAGCCUCCGCCACCGCCGCCCGAAGCGCCCCCGAGCUCGCAAUUUGGUGCGCCACCGGCCGCGCCUAAUGUGUUCGAGGAAAUUCCCACAAGGACCAAGAAGUGACAAGUUCCCAGUGCAAUUUUAUAAUGGUUUUUUUUCAUGGGUGAUGGAAGCAAGAGAGCUCAUGUUGAUGGACAUCAAGUCUGAUAUGGCUAAACCUGGGAAUAUUUUGGAUUGGAACCGUAGUUUCGUCUUUGGAUGUGAUUUAAUGGGUUGAGCCCCUAAUAUUAUCUGGUGCGGUUUGUGUUUUGGGUAUUACAAGCAAAUAUGCCUGUGCGUGCAAGCGGAGACAAAAAAUCUAUGCGCUAGCCAAAUAAGUAUGACUCAAUACCCUGACAUAUGAGCGUUUUCUA